AUGCGGUCGCAACUGACCCGCCAUGUCUUGCGACGCCUGCGUGCCCACCAGGGCAUUCCCUUGUGUCCGACCACACGGCCAGCAAUACGAAGGACCCAGGUCGCUCUCAGAGUAACGAGACCAGUACAGCGGCGGACCUUUUUGAGUUUCUUUCAGAAGGCCCCCAGAAUAUUGAAGGAACCCGAGGUCGAACCAGGAUUCGAAUCAUUGCUCAGAUAUGGCGCUCACAAAAACGAGGGCCUCCGUCCGCCGCCCAGGGAAGAGCUGGUCAAGGCCUUCCGGGACUUCUUCAAGCACAAAAAGUUCAACAGCCGCCCCGUCAACGCUAUGCAGGCACGGGUUGCCCACCACGUGCUAAAUUAUCUAAUGGAACCGGGGGAGCGCAACGUCGAAGGUAUCUUGGCCUUGGGCGAUAUGAGGACAGCACAACAAGCUCUGCAACUGCGCCCGCGAGACGAUCCGACCGAGCUUGUCAAUCUUUCAAAGGCCCUCUUCAUACAUAUCCGAGACCUGUCGAAACAAAAGGCGCGAACCGAAGGGAGAAGUCCUGUUGUGGAACGGGCCCCUGAUGUUGCCGCGCUCUUGAGGAUAUUGACACAGCACGGGAGGUCACAAGAAGCAAAGCAUCAUCUGCUUACUUCCUGGUCAACAUUGCAAAGCGAGCCAAAGCUUGGCUAUGGCCGGACCAAAGGACUGUGGAUCCCAGUGCUUCGUGGUCUUGCCCUGGAGGGCAGGGAAGAAGAGUUGUUGGAGUUUCUCUCGACAAUGCAAGCCCGCUCCGGCCUCGAAUUUGGUCGUUCGGUCCAUGAGAUUAUGACGACCUUUUAUGCCCGGCAAGACAGUGUCGACAAAAUGAAGGAAUGGUUCUAUAAACCCAUCGAAGCUAGCCAGGACAGCGACGUAUCUCAGACCGGCGCAAUACCACCAACGCCCACGCAGCAAACAUACCAGGAAGUUUUUCGUUCUGCAAUGCGGAACAAUGAUCUGGAAUGGGCUAUUACUGAGUACCAAAACAUCGCUGACGACCUCCAAAAACUAGCCCAGACGCACUACUCUGAAGAGGCUGUUCUUCUCAUAUACCGCUUCGCAGUGCUCCUGCUUGGAAAGGGGCCCGAACAUAUCGAGCAAAUGAUGCUCAACAGCGCUGAUCCGAAACUCCGACCCAACAUUGACAUCGUCAAUGCGGUUAUUGAAGCAGCAACGGAAAAGGGGGACUUAUACAUGGCGGAGCGACUAUCGGCAUUGGUGCCAAAGCUCGAAAUUUUUCCAGAUAGGAGACACUACAGUCUCCAGGUAAACUACAGGAUACAGGCCGGCGACUUGGAUGGUGCAUUCACGGCUUAUCGCUUGCUCCAAAACUUUGACAGCGAUGACGUGGAUUGGCCUGUCCUCAACAAACUCAUUCGUGGGCUGUGCAACCAACCGACCCCUAACCACGACAAGGUGCUGGAAAUUACAAGCUACCUGGAGCAGCUUACAGCCACUCUCGAACCCGAGACGGUCGUUGCAGUUUGCAUGACUUUCAUGAAGAACGACGAGCAGUACGAGGUGAUAGACACCCUGUCGCUUCAUACAGUGCAUUACAGCUGGGACGAGAGAGCAUUGGUAUCGAAAGCAUUCGUCCGGUUUUGCUUAGAUCCAGCGAACAGCACGGCGAGAGUGUGGGACGCAUACGCGCUGCUGCGACAAUUCUUUCCAGAUAGCGCUUUGGAAGACAGGACCCGGAUUAUGGACUCGUUCUUUGAUCGGAAACGUGCCGACAUGGCUUGCCACGUGUUCGGUCAUAUGCGACAGCACAGCAACCCAGUUUACCGUCCUACGGUAGACACAUAUAUUCGCUGUUUCGAGGGCAUCGGCCGUGCUCCAGACUUGGAGAGUCUCAGGAUGGUCCACAACAUGCUCAAGAUGGACACUACAAUACAGCCAAACACCCAGCUGUACAAUGCGCUCAUGAUAGGCUAUACAGCAUGCGACGAACCAGAAAGCGCUCUCGACUUCUGGAAGGACAUCGACAACUCGGUCGAGGGUCCUUCAUACCAAUCAUUAGAGAUCAUCUUCAGAGCAUACGAAGUAGCACCAUACGGCGACGAGCCCGCAAAGCAGCUGUGGGAGAAACUCCAACGGAUGGAGAUAGAGCUGCCUGCCAAUGUAGUGACGGCGUAUGCCGCGGCACUGGCUUACCAUGGCCAUGUCGAGGAAUACAAGAAGAUCCUCGAGGAGAUGGAGGCCGACAUCGGGCAACGGCCUGAUAUCUCGACCCUCGCCGCCGUCUACAAUGCAUUACCAAACGACGAGUUCAAGGAUGACUUCGAAGCAUGGUCGAAAGAGUGGUUCCCCCACGUAUGGAGUCAGCUGGAAAAGAAGCGCAGGAGGCGGGAUGCGGAAGGAUUCCGGACAUUCGUGAUGACGCGCCCGUGGAAGGCGUAG